UGUUUGGCGUGUCUAAUUGCACGUUGCGUAUUCAUCCGCAAAUGCUUGGAACUAGUCUUGGACCGUUCUGAAAAGCUGCGCAUAUGCGUAAUUUUUAAUUGCUAUAAUAUGUGGGAAGGUAGCGUGGGUCUAUUCCUUCACUGCUAAGCAUCAGAGUUUUAAAAAUUGUAAAAUCAUUCCAGAAAACACACCCAAUUGUGGUUUGACUGCAACAAGAGAAUGGAGGUUCUUUCUGGUUCAGAAGAUAUGGAGGACUCCUGUGGCUCAUCAUCUCUAACACCACUUCUUGAACAUGAUACAGAAAAUUUAGGGAGCAACCGUGAGGGGAAUACUGAAAAUGAAUCAGAUAACGAAGAAAAAGAAGACCCAAAUGGUUGUUACACUGAGGAGAUAGCUAAUGAGGAAGAUGUAUCCCCAAUUGAGCAAGUAGCUCUUACCGUCCCCACAACUGAUGAUCCGUCUCUUCCUGUGCUCACUUUCAGGAUGUGGGUCUUGGGAUUGCUUUCAUGUGCGGGUCUUUCUUUUCUCAAUCAGUUUUUUUCGUAUAGAGUAGAACCUCUUACUAUCACCUCAGUGUCUGCACAGAUUGCUGUGCUCCCACUAGGGCGUUUCAUGGCUGCGACACUGCCUGAAACUAAGUUUAAGGUCCCUGGUACCAAAUGGAAGUUUUGCUUGAAUCCAGGACCUUUCAAUGUAAAAGAGCAUGUUCUUAUUACCAUCUUUGCUGGUGCUGGAGCUAGCCCUAUUAAUGCAAUCCAUAUUGUCAACAUCAUAAAGAUCUUCUACAAAAGGAACCUGGAUCUAUAUGUAGCCCUAUUGAUAGUUCUCAUGUCACAGGUUUUGGGAUUUGGAUGGGCUGGCAUAUUUCGAAAGCAUUUAGUAGAGCCAUCUACAAUGUGGUGGCCUGCAAAUCUGGUCCAAGUAUCCCUAUUCAGAACACUUCAUGAAAAGGAGGAGAGACAAAGAGGAGGUGUAACGCGCAUCCAAUUCUUUCUAAUAGCUUUAACGUGCAGCUUUGGUUAUUACUUGCUUCCUGGUUAUCUUUCCCCCCUGCUGACAUCUUUUUCAUGGCUGUGCUGGAUGUUUCCUCGAUCCGUUAUUGCACAGCAAGUUGGUUCAGGCCUUCAUGGACUAGGGCUGGGUGCUGUUGGACUGGAUUGGUCAACUAUCUGUUCAUAUCUGGGAAGUCCACUGGCCACACCCUGGUUUGCUGUAGCCAAUGUGGGCGUUGGCUUUGUGCUCAUAAUGUAUGUGAUUACACCAUUGACAUAUUGGUUUGGUGUUUAUGAUGCUAGAGUCUUCCCCAUGUUUUCCAAGGACCUCUUCACAUCUACAGGACAAAUUUACAAUAUUUCUUCCAUAGUGGAUUCCGACCUUCAUUUGGACGAAAAGGCCUAUGAGAAGUAUGGCCAGUUACAUCUGAGCACUUUUUUCGUUUUUUCUUAUAGUAUAGCCUUUGCGGCAUUGUCUGCCACGGUCAUGCACGCAGUCAUCUUCCAUGGAAAAGACAUAUGGAAUCUCAGAAUACAUACCUUCAAAGACAGGAAAAUGGAUGUGCACUCUAGGCUCAUGAGAAAGUACAAAGCAGUACCAGAGUGGUGGUUUUUCAUAUUUCUUGCCUUGACUUUAACAGUCACCAUUACAGUUUGUGAAUGGUUUAAGGAUCAGCUUCAAUUGCGGUGGUGGGGAGUGCUCCUUUCAUGUGGCCUUGCCAUAUUCUUCACUCUACCAAUUGGCAUUAUAAAGGCUACUACUGAUAAGAGCCUGGGCUUGAAUGUCAUUUCUGAAUACAUUUUUGGCUACAUCUCUCCAGGCAGACCAGUGGCCAAUAUCUGCUUCAAGAUUUUGAGUGAUAUAACCAUCAGUCAAGCCUUAACUUUUCUGCAAGACUUCAAACUUGGUCAGUACAUGAAGAUCCCUCCACGCUCCAUGUUCAUGGCACAAAUGAUAGGGACAAGUGUUGCUGCACUAGUAUACAUUGGAACAGCAUGGUGGAUGAUUGACAACAUUCCCAAUCUGUGCAAUACAGCUGCCUUACCAGAUAACAGUCCAUGGGUUUGUCCCGUGGACCAAGUGAUAUAUGAUGCUUCUGUGAUUUGGGGAUUAAUCGGUCCAAGGCGAAUUUUUGGAAGCCUGGGUCCAUAUGGUGCUGUUAACUGGUCUUUCCUAAUAGGAGCCAUAGCCCCAAUCUUGGCAUGGCUUUUGCAAAAAAUGUGGCCUGAGAAAACGUGGAUAAAGUAUAUCAAUAUGCCUGUGCUUAUUGGAGCAACAUCACUCAUGCCCCCUGCCACUGCAGUGAAUUUCACUAGUUGGUUGAUUAUAGGAUUUAUUUUCAGCUUUGUGAUAUACAGAUAUCACAAACAAUGGUGGCAGAAACAUAACUAUGUGCUUUCAGCAGGAUUGGAUGCAGGUCUGGCAUUCAUGGGUGUGCUUCUCUAUGUUUGUUUGGGAUUGGAGAAUGUAUCUUUAGAGUGGUGGGGAACGAAUUUGGAUGGUUGUCCAUUAGCUUCCUGCCCAACUGCAAAGAAUGUAUCUGUUGAGAAUUGUCCGAUAUUUGUUUAAACAAAGGAAGGAAAAGUUUAGUUUGUGAACAAUCUUCUUCUCUAGGAUUCAGCAUCCAUGCAUUUCUUGUGUUCUUUCAAAUUGGACUAUGUCAUUUGUCUCAUCAGGUUCAUCUCAUUACUUUCCUCAAGUUGUGAAUACUCAAAAAGAUUUUUGUACACUUGAUUUAACUGUAAUGGCUGAAUGACAAGGUAAAUCCUAUUAGUUUGA